AUGACGUUCAACAUCGGUGUCAUCAUCGGUCCCAUAUUGGGUGGCGUCCUCUCCGAUCCGGCUCAUAGUUAUCCCAAUCAGUUUGGCGAUAAUGCAUUCUUCCUCCGCUUCCCGUAUGCGGCGCCCAACCUCCUCAGUGCGGUUAUUCUACUCUCGGCGCUUCUGGGCGUCUGGCUGGGGCUAGAAGAAACACUUGAUUCGAGAAGAGGCACACGCGACCUCGGCAUUGAGCUGCGGCGCAAGAUUGUCUUGCUAUUCCGUCGCUCACCCGAUUCGAUCGCGUACACACCCCUCGCAACCCACUCCCGCAACGUCAGUGAUGCUAGCACCGUCAGUGUCGAAAUGGAUCCUGUUACGCCAGUUGUACCGACUGAGGAGGAGGCUUCUACGUCGGCUGCCGCCAAGUCAUCACAGAAAUCGAAGCGGUCAAGGACACGCUACUCGCAACGACUGCCGUUCCGCCGGAUAUUCACAAAGAAUGUGAUUCUGACGCUACUGGCACAGUCCAUCUUUGCUUUCCACAUGGGCUCGUUCAAUUCGCUGUGGUUCGUGUUUUUGUCGACGCCCGUGUAUGAUCCCGCUCAGGCACCGGCUCCAAAGUCAUCGGCGGCCAAAGCUACUCAUUACCUCACCCAAAAUCUGCCAUUUGUGUUCACAGGUGGCAUCGGCAUGCCUCCCCGCGAAGUAGGCAUGGCCAUGGCUAUUCUGGGGUGCUUCGGUAUUGCCAUGCAGCUCUUGCUGUAUCCCUCCGUGUCCGCUCGCCUCGGUGUCGUGAGGUCGUGGCGCAUCUUCUUGUGCUGUUUCCCAGUUACAUACUUUAUUGUUCCGUUUCUCAGUCUCGUGCCGAGCCUGUCAGCACCACCGCAUGCCAAGGACGGUGCGGCAAUCUGGGUUGCAAUUGCACUGGUGCUUCUAUGCCAUGUCACGGGCCGCACCUUUGCAUUGCCGGCACAGACGAUACUAGUUAACAACUGCACCCCUCACCCUUCCGUCCUCGGAAGUCUUCACGGCCUCGCACAGAGUACAAGCUCUCUAGCACGUACAGUUGGCCCUAUAUUAAGCGGUUAUCUUUACGGCCUCGGUUUGAAUCACGGCUUAGUUGGAGCGGUGUUCUGGGGGUUGAGCUCGGUGGCAAUCAUUGGCCUCAUAGCCAGCAUGUUUGUCCGCGAGGGCGAUGGACACGAAAUCUGGCUAGAGGGCGACGUGGAAGACGAGGAUUGA